ACUAGGAUCACCUCGAAAAGAGUACAGUACAGUUUCAUCUGGACAUUGAUGGGUCACAAAGUUUCAAAGGCAACAACUAAGAUUGAAGAUGUAUCUGGAGAAGGAGUUGAGAGGUCAUUGACACCUGGUGAUGACAAAAAUUCUGGAGAACCAGCAGCCAAGUAUCAGAACUUCAUAGUUGGCCAUGAGGAUAGCAUGGGUGCAGAAGGUGGGGCUGAGAGUUCGGAGGUUAAUGCCAAAUCUUCCUCUGCUGGGAAAAGGCAAAAUUUUGGGAGGAGAAAUUCUAAGAUAUGUCCUUCAUUAGUAGAUUCUGAAGAGGGGGAGCCUUCUGUCAUUUCCUCAGAAGUUUGUAAAUGCUUCAUCACUGUAUCAGCCAGUAGUGGUGAGCAUGGAGAGUCUGCUGAAGUUGGUAAGAAGGAGCCAGGCUCUGACCAUGCCACUUCUGGAAGAGGGGCGGUACCAGUCCCUGUCAAUCAAAGAAAAGAGCUUGGAAUGCUGAGCACCAUGGAGUUCUACAAUAUGUUGAUGGAGGGUCCCACCAGUCCUUACCUUUAUGAUCCACACUAUGUUUUGAUUAUAGACACAAGAGAAAAGGAAGAAUAUGAAUCUCUUCAUAUCAUCACUGCUGUUCAUGUCACAGUUCUCAGUGAAUCUCUGAUGGUCAGUGACUUCUCUAAGUAUGUUCAUAUCAUUCUGUAUGACAAAGAUGGUAGGUCACACUGUCUCACUGAAAGUCCAAUGUCUCAGUUACAAAUGAGACUUGAAGACUUUGAACCAGAAGUGUUAGAGGGAGGCUUCGAUGCAUGGCUAACUAAACACCCUUAUUUAUGUACUGAUGAGAUAAUUUUUUCAGAACUGCAGCGAGAGGAGAUGUUUUUCACAUAUCCUUCUAUGAUCCUGGAAGAUUGGCUGUAUCAGGGGGCUGGGCAGCAUGCUACAAAUGAGAAAAUCAUCUCUGAUCUUGGCAUCACUCAUGUCAUUAAUGUGGGACUGGAGCAUCCUUCUCCUUUUAAAGUUCGGAUGCAAUAUUUUGAGGUUCGUGUAACAGAUGACCCGGGAUCCAACAUAAUCAACAUAUUCCCUAAAGCAACAGACUUUAUGAGACAGGCCAAACUAAGUAAAGGCAAGGUUCUAGUCCAUUGUAACUUGGGAGUAAGUCGAAGCUCUGCUGUAAUACUUGCAUUUCUCAUUACAGAGUUUCAUUGGACAUUAAUGGAUGCCUACAAAGUGCUUAAGAAUACAAGAAAUGUUGUUCGUCCAAACUUAGGUUUUUUAAAGCAGUUGUCAGAAUAUGAAGAAAGAAUAUUUGGGAAGAAGCUGACUGAUAUUGAUGAAAUACAUUUUGGUUGAGUGACAUUUUAUCUAAAAUGGUUUGUUUUAUUUUUUUCACUGCACAUUUAAAAGCAGCUGAUAUUGGAAUGCAAACUUUUAUUUAGAGUUAAUGAUUGGAAAGAUUUUUUUGUGUAUGUGUGUGUGUUUAUAUUCUAUGUAAAAUUAUGUUUCAUUGUUUUAUUUGAAUUAUUAUUAUAUAAAGACAUGGGGUGAAUUAUUGGCUCAGAAUUUUUCAUGUAAAAUUGAUUUCACCAAAGAAACACUUCCCUUUUUUUCCCCCAAGGUCAAAUUUGCCUCGUUCAUUCAUUGUAGACACAUAUAUUAACCCCUUUUUAAAUUCAUUUAUGAAAUGUGAAUGUUGUGGCUAGAAAUCAUUAUAAUCUUUUCAUCACAAGCUUAUUUUCUAGAUCUUGGAUAUCCUUUUUGUUUUAAUUUUUUAGCAAGUGUGUAUUAGCUUUAAUUUUUUAAUGAAGUGUAUAUUUUUUAAUUACAAUAUAUUGUCAUAUAAUGAAAAACAUUUUAAUUAGAUACCCAUGUAACUUGAUAUGUAAUAUCAAAUAUUUACAUAUAUAUUGGAAAACAUCAGAGUAGUAAGAUUUAGUGGACAUCAACUAGGAAGUCCAACAAUGACUUACCUGAUCACAUACCUCAUUGAUUUAUUUUAAUAAAUGUAUUCUCUUUAUUAUUAUAAUAUGUUUAAACUUUUGUUAAGAUAAAUAUAUUUUCCUUAUUUGCAUUGCUAUGUUAUUGGAGUAUGUGAAUUUCUCAUGCAUAUCGUAGUAUGUAUUACAUAUUAAUUACGUAAUAUAUAAGUAUGUGCCAAUGUAGAUAUACAGUAAGUGCUGCUAAAUGUGAACAUUAAUGACAAAUGACCUGUGGUAUUAUUUCAGAAACUGUUGAUUUUACAAAUAUUAUUCAAUGGCAUUUCAUUAAAAUUGUGGACCAACACAUAUCCAAUAAAAAUUCAUGACCUGUUUUCAAGGUGUACAUCAGUACACAUUUUACUGUAUCAUACCCCAGGACAAAUUUUGACAAAUUUUGAGAUGAGAUGCACUACUUUCCAAUACCACAGAGAAUCAUCACUAUCUCAUCGCGUACUA